UGUUUACACCAUUAAGCAGUGGGUCACCACCCAGCCCCGUACCUGAGAGCUGGGUGCUCCCACAUGCUUUGCCUCUCCCUUCAGUCCCAUCUGUGGACCCUCCGUGCAAGGACAAGCCCCAUGCUGCCCUGGAUGGCUGUGCUGCUGUUUGUUCCCUGUGUUGGCAAAACUGUCUGGCCACACCUCCAAGUCUCACCAAACCCCGUGUUUGAAGGAGACACCCUGAUUCUGCGGUGCCAGGGCAAGAACAUAGCACUGCCCCAUGUGAGGUUCUACAAGGAUGGAGCCAUCCUCAAUCUCACUAAGGACAAGCAGCCUCUGUUGAUACGACCAGCAACAGUGACAAGCAGUGGCCAGUACAGUUGCAGUAUACAGACGAGACAUGCUCUGAACAUACUCACGCAGACCUCGAGGAAUGUCGCAGUGCAAGUCCAAGAGCUGUUCCCACCUCCUGUGCUGAGUGUUGUCCCCUCUCACGAGCCUCGGGAAGGGAGCCUGGUGGCCCUGAGAUGCCAGACAAAGCUGCACCCCCAGAGGCUGGCCCAGCAGCUCUUCUUCUCCUUCCACAAGGACGGCUACACCCUGCAGGACAGGAGCCGCCACCCAGAACUCCACAUCCCAGAAGUCCGGGAGGGAAAUUCUGGGCUAUAUUGGUGCGUGGUGGCGAUUGAGGGUGGCAAAAUCCAGAAACAGAGCCCCAGGCUGCAGCUCAGGGUGCAGGCUCCUGUGUCCCGCCCUCAGCUCACCCUGCAACACCGGCCCACACACCUUGCCUAUGGCAGCACAAUGGCACUCCUCUGUGAGACCGAGAGGGGCUCCCCUCCAAUCCUGUACUCCUUCUACCUCAACGGGGCGAUCCUGGGGAGCCGAGUCCACUCGGCUCCCCAGGGAGGAGCAGCCUCCUUCCUCUUCCCGGUGAAGUCAGAGCAGGAUGCCGGCAACUACUCCUGUGAGGCUGAGAACAGCGUCUCCAGAGAAAGGAGUGAGCCCCAGAUGCUCUCCUUGGACGGUCCUCGGGUCUUGUCCACCCCUGCCGGUAGCAACCAUCUGGUUCCUUGGCUGCCUGCGAGCCUGCUCGGUGUGAUGGGCCUUGCUGUUGGACUUCUGGGUUAUUUCAGACCCUGGGAAAAAGCCGAGCCCCUUCCAUCCCAGAAUCCACCUCCAGCUCCGGAUGGACAACAGUGCCCACUGUAUGCCAGUGUGCAUCAACAGGAAGAGAGAGAUGAUGAUGUUACCUACUCUGUGGUGCAUGUGGUCUCAAAACGGAGUGGAGCCUCCUACGAAAAGGAGAACUGAACCCCCUCCUGUGUUCUCACCCUCUGGUUACGUCUGCAUCCUCCUCCUGACCCGCCUUUCCCACAGAAGGUCUCUGCUCUCUACACUGAGGUGAGACGCCCUCGGCUCAGUGAGAGUCCAGCCAAGGAGCUGAAUCCAAGGAGCAGGACCCUCCAAGACCCCCUUGCUGACUACAAGGAGGUUCUCCACCAGUGAUGGCAUCCCCAUGACACGCUCCGACCUGCGGUGCUCCCCAGCCCUCUCUGUGGGCCUUCCGGUUCCUGAGCCCAGCAGUGCAGGAGCCCCUGGGCCACUGUCCAGAAAACCCCAUGCACGCACACACGCUGGGUCAAGCAGUGACACAGCGCAGCAGGCGCAGGUGCUUCCUUCCCACACAAGAGGCAGACUCA